AUGCCAACCUCCUCAGCUCGGAAGGUCCAGAUCCUCCCUGCCAGAUCGGGCGCAGCAAUACGUCUCUCCGAAGGCCAGACGAUCGAGAUCAUCAACGUCCACGGCACGCAGAGAAUCACCAUUUCAGUUGGCGACGCGCUGAUCAGCAAUCACCGGACGCCCAUGUUGACAGUCGUCGCUGACACGUCGGCUGGCGUACACGAUACGCUCAUCGCGGCGUGCGACAAGUACAGAUAUGCUGAGCUUGGUGCGACAGGCUAUCACCCCAGCUGCACCGAUAAUUUCAGGGAGGCCUUGCAGCGGAUUGGACUUGCAACAGAGCAUGUCCCAUCGCCACUCAAUCUGUUUAUGAACGUUCCUGUGGCAGAAAACGGCAACUUACACUUCGCGAACCCAACAUCAAAGGCUGGACAAUUCAUUACCUUGAAAGCAGAGAUGGACAUUAUUCUUGUCAUGUCUGCUUGUCCGCAGGACAUCACGGCGGUCAACGGCAUGGGCUGUACCGACGUGCACUAUAUCGUCAGUUGA